AUGUUAAGUCAAAGUGAAUUUGCACCAGAUACCCCUGCCAAUAUUCUUUCAAGAGGUCAUGUUCGUUCAUCAUCUACAUCUCUAAUAUCAGAUGCAAUGUCUUCAGGUAAUAACAAUGAUGAUGAAUUGUCCAAAGUACAAAUAUAUGCAGAUUUAACCCAAUACGAAGAGAAACUGGCGGCAUUAGUAGAAUCUGUGGAUAAUUUUAAACCGGAUGUUAAAAUUGUUCAUGAAUUAAUUGAGGUCGAUAAGAGCCUUUACAAGAGCUUAGAUUCAUUCGCAGAGUACGAUAGAAUAGACUCUGAAUUGAACAGACUAGAUAAGGAAUCUAAUGAGUUAGAUCGUAAGACUAAGGAAGUCCUAGAGACUUUAAGUGAAUGUUAUGAAAUGUUGAAUGGUCUGCCGAUGUUAGAACAGGUUGAAUUUGAAAAGCAGUCAAUAUUAAAACAGAGAUCAAAGGUAAAUUCAAGUGUAUUACUAAAUUAUGCUACGAAACUUUCCAAAUUUACAAAGAUACCACCGACUUUUGAUAAAGGUACAAUUGGACCCAACAAUUUUGUAUGGCCAGCAGAAGAUGCCUUGAGGAGAGGUAUGUUGGCCAUAGCGUCCUUGCACAGUAAAGAAAUGACAAGGAUUCCGGGUGAACCAGAAGAAGAAGAAGCAGAUGCAACAGAAAAGCAGGGUUCAGGAGAUAAAAAUGGUAAAGAAGGCGAAGAAACCAAAACUGGAGAAAGACCUGCUUCCCCAGGUGCACAUGGAAAUGAAAGGAGACAAUCUUUUGUAUUUACGGAAAAUCCUACAGAAACAGCUAAUGCAGAUAAUAAUGAUGAGCCUGAUGAUGAGGCAUUGGAUCUGGAUUUAGAUCUCUUCAAGCCAGACGAGUUCUAA